GUCCCUCUUCGUUGUUGGCAUUGCAGGUUGGGUAUCGUCCAUUUCAUCUUUUUCGUCGACAGUACUUUGUACUCCAUAAUUCUAAUCAUAUCUUGUGCUUUUCCCUCUUCUUUUGCAUUGACUUGCGUUACUCUACGACUGGUCUGUUGUCGAAUCCAAGUCUGUACAGUAUGGACAGACAUGCCUCCUCCAAGGCCGACGAUUCCAAAUUCAAGUCGUCCAAUGCAACUCCCAGACCAGUGACAAAACCCUCUGCCCCGAGGCUGUCUACUUCCUCGAGACCCUCUACAAUUGCUUCUGCAGCCAAAGCGAGCGGUGGUAGCUCUCUGAGCAAACCGCCUGCACGUCCCACGACUACAUCUACGGCUCGUAGACCUACAAGUACAUCUACAUCGUCCACUCACGCCACGACAAGCCAUGGAACGAAAAUCUCGGUCAGCUCUGUCGACGAGAAGGCCUCUGGCGAUGAGAAGAGGAAGGAGGGUAUAUCAGCAAGACCCAAGCGGAUGUCGUUGGCUUCAAACACCAGUACCGAACGGACUGCGGCGUCCAAGACCGUCAGCGCAACGCCAGCGAGGCGGACUACUCUUCAGCCAACAGCCACCCGGACCAGUGCUGCGAGCCCGGUUGGCACAAGGAAAGCACCUACGACUCCUAGUACCUCACGAACGACUACCAGCACCACGGCACGCUCAAGGCCUCUUGCUACAGUAGCCUCGCGAAACGUUGGAGCUGGCGCCCUUGCCGAGAAGAAGCGCCUGAGCACGAUACCAGCGUCUCCUGCCACCAAGCCGGGUGCUGAAGAAGCCGAACAUAAUAAGGAAAAUGCAGUUGCAUCCACGGCAGAUAAACCUACCCGACCUGCGUUGGGUUCAAGAAAGUCCACUCGCUCUGUGAUGAUUGAGCAGCAGAUACGCGAGUUUGAACUUGUCAACAGCAUGCUACAAGCGGCCAUGGCCUCGGACGGUGCGGACGAAGAAGAGAAACAAAACAUCUCCGAGGAAGCUGCAACGACCAUCUCCAAGCUCAAGUCGGAUCUUGCGAAAGUACGAGAGUUUGAGCGGGCACAUGGCCGUCUCCCCACUAACGCCGAACUUGAGGAAGUUGCCUCUGUUACGACAGAAAAUGAUGCGAAAACUCCGAUUGCUGAGACUGCUAGCCAAGGUGAACAUGCAGGGCCUGAUGCCUCCGCCCUACAGACGGAGCUCGCUCAGAGCAAGGAAGAAGUCAGCACUCUCCAUGCCCAGCUCUCUGAACUCAAAGCGAAACUGGAGGAGUUCAGCAAGAGUGCAGAAGAAGAGAGUCGUAUCGUGCAGGCUGCAGCAGAGUCGAUUCAGAAGGAGCAUGCUGCCAAGAUUGAAGAGCUACAGGCACUCAACGAGAGCAAACUGGGAGAGUUGGAAAAUGCUCACAAGGCAAAGAUUGACGAAUUAGCCACUGGUCAACAGUCCGAGGUGGAUGCGCUCACGGAGAAAUUUUCGAGUCAGGUAGCAGCCAAAGAAGCCGAGGCCAGUCAACUAAGGUCGGAAAUCGACGAAUUACGGACUUCAGGGUCCUCCAAAGAGUCUUCAAAUCAAAGCGAGCUGGAAAAUCUGAGAACAGAACUUGAAGAACUCCGUGCCGCGACAAACGAGGAGAAAUUGGUGAAGGAUGCUCAAAUCGAAAAGCUGAAACUUGACCUUGAGACUAGAAAGAUUGAAUCAGACAGUGUGAGCGCAAGCGAAUUUGUACCCUCUCCAGCUCUCUCGCCAAGUCGAAGCACUGAGCUUGAGGAGGCGCAGAAGAAACUCGAAGCUGCGCAGACCCGUCACCAAGCCGCCAAGGAGAACGCGAAGACCAAAAUCGCAAGAUUGCAAGAAGAGUUGGAGACGAAGACCAAAGCACUCAAAUCUCAGCACAGAGAGGAACUCGAAACGCUACAAGAAAGGCUUACUCAGGCCGAAACAGCCUCUGUUGAGAAACAGAAACAACUUGACGAACAAGAGGAAUCUGAUACAAAGAUCAAUGAAGAAAUACAGUCUCUGAAACAGCAACUGAUCGAUUCUCAGCAGACUAAAAAAGAGGAGACCGAGUCUCAAUCCGCCAUGAUAGCCGAACUGCAAGAAAAGCUGCGAGUUCUUGAGCAACAGAAGGAUGAUGAUCUCGCAGCUGCGCAAAACACACAUUUGGAGAAGAUCCGAGAGCUUGAGGAUCAAUUGAACGCUACCAAACAAAGCUUGGAGGACGCGGAAGAGUCGCACAAGACACAAUUAGAAGAACUAAUGAGACAGUCGGCUGAAGAGCUCAACGAAGCCAAGGUCGAACUCCAACAGGUCAAAGCUGACCAUACAAGCAAAUUGGACGCUUUGCAGGCAGAACUUGAGAGGUCCCUGGAACAAGUUGAUUCAACACGAGGUGAUCACGAUAAGAACAUAUCAUCGUUGCAAAUCCAACUGGAUGAGGCAAAGACCGCCCUUGUUGAAGCACUCGAAAAACAUGAGAAGCUUCUCCAAAUGCACGAGACUGAAAGCAACACUGCCAAAGAGGAAGUGGCUCGUUUGAAGGCUACCCACGAUGAAGAAUUACAACAAGCUCGUUCUGAGGCACUGGCGAAACACGAAGAGGAGAUUGCCGCGCUCAAGGUGAACCAUGCAGGUGAGAUGCAACAAUUGGAGGAAAAAGUCCAUUCUUCUCACAAGGAAAUCUCGACUCUUAAGGAGAGUCAUGCCUCCCGAAUUCAACAGCUAGAAGAACAAAUGAAAGCUUCUUUGGCUGACCUGGAAACACUCGAAGCUGGUCAUGUAGCAGAACUUGACCGGGUGAAGGCUGCGGCGGAAGAAGGCCAUCAGAAAGCAGUCGAAGAAACCGAGAAGACUCACGUAGAGCGUGUCCGACAAUUUGAACAGCAGCUUAACGCAGUCGAAGCCGAACUAUCUAACGUGAAGGCUGAACACGCUGAAGAACUUGCCGAGCUGGAGAGACGACGAGUUUUGGAUCAAGAGGUUGCUACGAGUACUCUUAACGAGUCCCACGCCAACAGCAUCAAGGAAUUGGAGGCACAGCUCAAAUCCGCCCAGGAAGCCUUAGAGUCUAGCAAAGCCGAGCACACUGAGCAACUCCAGGCACUUGAAGCAGACAUUAGGUCUCAUCAUACUGAGACCAUCGAGUCUUUGAGAUCCAGCCAUGCUGAGCUUCUGAAAGAGACCGAAGCCAACGCCAAAGCCAGUCAAGAACAAGCGAUUGAGGAAGCCCGUGCUUCACUUUCAGAAGAAAAGCGGCAGCUCGAACUGCAGGCCAACGCUCUACAAUCGGAUUUAGAAGGCACUCGUUUUCAAAUUCAGAGCUUGAAGGGUAUCUUGCAGUCGAUGGAUGAGGAGACCAAAUCCAAAGAUCAAGAGCAUGCCGAAGCCCUCGAGAAGAUGGACCAAGAAUUGUCGAUGGCCAUACAGAAAGUAGCCGAGAAGUCCACUCAAAUCAUGAAUCUUCAGUCCAACCAUGACCAGGCGUUGGCUGAGGCUAAGCAGGCUCUUCAGGCCAAGUCCCAAGAAGAGCUCGAGAAACUGCGUUCUGAGCACGAAAAAGCACUGGCAGAAGUCCAGGCCACCCUUGAGAAGGAACAUCAACAGGCUCUUGACAAAAUAAUGGAGGAGCAUGCCAAGUCAAACGAAGCUGACCAAGAAAAGACCAAGUCGCAGCACGAGGAAUUGGAGAGGCAAAUGAAAGAGGUUCAUGAUACGCAAAUGGACGAGAUCAUGAAAACGCUGGAGAGCCAAUGGAAAUCUCAAGUGGAUCAACUGGAAGAGACCAACGCGGCCGCUAGUGCCCGCCUCGCGCAGCUCACGACGGACCACGCGGAUGCAGUCGAAUCUCUAAAAUCUGAGCAUGAAGCGGUACUUGCAAAAGUGCAAGCAGAGUUGGACGUUGCCCGUCAGGCAUCUGAGGCAUCAAAGGACACCACUGAGCUUGACGAAUUGAGAGACCAGCUCACCCAGUCUCGCCAGCAAAUCGAGCAGCUUGAACAAAAAUACCAGCAGGCUAUGGCAGCGGCGGUCCAAUCGCACGAUUCCUCCUUGGCAGCAGCACAGGAGGAACUCGAGGCGGUAAGGAAGUCUGCCGAAGAACGCCCAGACCCUGCCCAGUUUGAGGAACUGAGAAACCAAUAUGUUGAAGCACAAUCUUCCCUGUUCGAGUUGCGCGAUAAGCACGAGAAAGCGAUCCGGGAGACCCAAGCCGAGUAUGACGAUAAGAUCGAGAAACUUUAUGCUGAGUUGAACGAGGUCAAGAAGGGCGCCGAGGACAUGCCCAGUGCGACUGAGCUUCUGAACGUCAAGGCGGACCUUGAAGAUACGAAGAAGUCGAUGUCGUCGCUGCAGGCCGAAUUGGACGGAGCCAUGCUUGAGGUCGAGACACAACGAGGUAUGGCUGAUGCUGCCCAACAAGAAAUCAACAGACUUAAACAGGCUCAAAAGGAAGUCGUUUUGCCAAGUCCUAAACCUCGGGGAAAGAGCCGCAGCCCGCGACGAAAAUCAAUGAACCCACUCACCCCGACAGGUUCAAAGAAAGGCCUUGAGUCAAGCAAAUGGGCUACUCCUGAGGAUCCGGCACCUACAGAAGAACAUACUGACGGUUAUGCGGGUGAAAUCUCAGCCAGUGGUCUGAAAGGAGGAGAUGUCGCCUCCCAAGAUACUGCUGCUGGUGUCGCCUCUGAAGAAACGUCUGCCCCACCCGACGAAUCCAACUCAACAGCGCCUAAACGCAAUGUCGCCGGUCAAUUAGCUGGAAUCCACGAAGAGAUCAAGCAGUUGAGUGAGCUCAGUGAUGAGAUGUUUGAUGAUCAUCAGAAGAUGGCAAGAACGCUGAACAAGGUUGAUGAUACCACCACGACCACGGUCGAUGUUGAAGAGCAAGGGGAUGAGUGAGUGAGAUGAUGAGAGAUCAGGUUGUUAGCGUUGAGAAACAAGGUGAUCAUUCUGGGGCUGACGGGGUACCUUGCCAUAGAGACCUUAAUUUUUCAUUGUUUCUUUUUUCCAGCCACAGUCUCCGUAAUCACGACGGUGCCGGCCUCCGGCUAUACCAAAAUUCUUGUUUGGUCUCAGCAAGCGACUUGAGCGAGCACAAAUUGAGUACUGAAAGCGAUCAAGAGCGAGUUUGGAAAGUUUAUGUUAUCAGCUUGUUGGGUUGAAAGUAUUGAUGAUGAUUGUAGUCUUUUGUGGAGUUGAGAUACCCCCUCUUUUUUUCUUAGCCUGUACCUUUUGGUAUAGAUAGGUCUUUAUUGAGCAAUGCACAUUCUUUUU